AUGGCGGAGAGCGAGGCCGAGACCCCCAGCACGCCGGGCGAGUUCGAGAGCAAGUACUUCGAGUUCCACGGCGUGCGGCUGCCGCCCUUCUGCCGCGGGAAGAUGGAGGAGAUCGCUAACUUCCCGGUGCGGCCCAGCGACGUGUGGAUCGUCACCUACCCCAAGUCCGGCACCAGCUUGCUGCAGGAGGCGGUCUACUUGGUGAGCCAGGGGGCCGCGCCCGACGAGGUCGGCCUGAUGAACAUCGAGGAGCAGCUCCCAGUCCUGGAGUUCCCACAGCCGGGCCUGGACAUCAUCAAGGAACUGACGUCCCCCCGCCUCAUCAAAAGCCACCUCCCCUACCGCUUCCUGCCCUCCGACCUUCACAAUGGCGACUCCAAGGUCAUAUACAUGGCCCGGAACCCCAAGGACCUGGUGGUGUCGUACUACCAGUUCCACCGCUCGCUGCGGACCAUGAGCUACCGGGGUACGUUCCAGGAGUUCUGCCGGAGGUUCAUGAACGACAAGUUGGGCUACGGCUCAUGGUUUGAGCAUGUGCAGGAAUUCUGGGAGCACCGCAUGGACGCGAACGUGCUUUUCCUCAAGUACGAAGACAUGCACCGGGACCUGGUGACAAUGGUGGAGCAGCUGGCCAGAUUCCUCGGGGUGUCCUGUGACAAGGCCCAGCUGGAGACCCUGAUCGAGCACUGCCACCAGCUGGUGGACCAGUGCUGCAACGCCGAGGCCCUGCCCGUGGGCCGGGGUACGCGCCCCUGCCCGCCCCGCCGGAGUUGGCCUUGUGCCCUGCACGCGGUGUUGGAGUUCACGGGGUGGCUGCCGGGCUGUGUCAGGCUCUGUGGGCAAGAGGUUCUAGGCGGGCGCCUUCCCAGACGGCCCCACCGGGCAGACCCCGGGGAUGGGUUUGGGGCUGUGAUGUCUAGAAGUGCGGCGUGCGCCCCAGCUGGCCCCUGGGAGGCAGAGGCGGAGGGCGGGGCAAGCCCGCGUGCCAGGGGAGCUGGCGGCACGGGAGGAGCGGCCCGCCCAGGGGAAGGGGUGUGUGUGUGCCUGUGGCGUGUGUGCGCAUGUGUGCACGUGUGUGCGUGUGUGAGAGGGCGAGCGAGCAGGAAGUGCAGGCCCCUCCGGGGUUGGCCAGGCAGCCGUCCCGGGGGCCGCGUUCCCUCGUGGCACGGGAGCCGUGUCUGGGGUGUGACGCAUUUGGAGGCGGGGCAGGUGUUCCAGGCAGGGGUCCUCCCCAGACCCACUCGGGUUGCUCUCCGUGCCCUCGGGGCUCAUGGUACUGAGGCUGCUUGAUUGUGGAGAGCUCGGGCAUGAAGAUCCCCGCAGCCCUGGGCGGUGGCUGAGGCCCCGAGAGCCACCCCUGCGGCGAGAGUCGGGCUCUGCGGGCAGCUGCCCGGCGAGGAGAGAGCAGCUGGGCUGCGGCCUGGCGGGAAUCAGGCCAGGCCUUGGAGCCUCUCUAGCCUUUUGUCCUUCCUCUAAGCGGGGCUGGUCGUGGCUGCCGGCUCGCAGGGUUGUCCUGAAGGUCAGGGGCGAGCGCCUUCCUGUAAAGGCAGGCCGGCCGCUCUCCAGGAAGACAUGAGCAGGCCACGUCACCCUGCCGUUUAGUUCCUGGCUGCAUCUUCACAAGUGUUUAUUAUUUAAAAUUUAUUUGCUCUUUUUUAGUUUUGCUUUCUCUGUGUUUUGUUACCCUUGGGCGUGACCUUCUCCAGAACCCCCUUCAGUUCACUCGUGUGGUUGAGAAGCGUCGAGAACAUACUGUGUGUCCAUAUGUUCCUUCCGAUGUGUUUGUUUUAUCAUCGUUUACCUUGGUUUUGCUUUAUUUCAGUUCUUUGAUUUUGUUUUCUUUUAGCACAUUGCCUCUUUGCUCAGAAGACCUCCUUGCGUUGGUGAGAACGCAGGGGCUUGCGUAGCCGGCUGCAUUGCUUAGAUUUGGUUCAUGUCACAGCCUAAAUUGCACUGUCUUGAUUCCAAAUCCUAAACCAGGUGGGUGACUCCUUUGAUGAGCUCUCAGCUGAGAAAAUAAUCAUGGAAAAAUUUAUUUAUGGUGUGAUUGGUCUAGAGGCUUCUAAUUUUGUCCCUUAGGUAUCAUUAGAGGGUAGCAAGCACAGCUUCUCUGGUUUUUUUUCCUCUCCCGCACUGACAUACAAUUUUUUAUCACCGAAGAGAAAACCCUUGUCACUUUGGAUCUAUCAGCUCAGCAUCUGCAGGGUUGCAGUUUCACACGUGAGGUCCGCUCAGGACAAGGACGACUGUUAAUAACAGAGCUAACGAAGGGUGUUGGCUGGAGACGCUCAGAGCUCUGAUCUCAGAGAUGCUGACGGAGGACAGAAUUCUAAACGAGCAUUUCAGUCCCCCGAGGCGGUUAUUUAAAAGCACAGCUCCUGCCUACGCAAGGGCGGGAACCCCACUCCUGACAUCUUCAGUCGCCAUUCACAUGUGACCAGGACAACGGAAGAUUUUGUCGUUAAGGAAAGUGGGUUCAGCAGCUUUGGUCAUUUUGAGCUCUCUCUUUUCUCUGUGGAGAGCGGGUAGGCCCGGCCCGCACAUCAGUCCGGAGGCUCCGGGCUCCCUGCUGUCUGCCAGCGGGAGGCCUCGUCUUCUGACCGAGCCCUGCCGAGCUGUGGCUGUGAUGGAGCCGCUGAGGGCCCGGGACUCGUUUUGGUGUUGACUUGGGAGCCCUGACUGUUUUAUUCCCUUUAAACUCCCCCCUGAUGAUGCACGGGCAGGCGUCUCGAAAUCUUCACCCUUGACCUUGUCAGGCAUCUUCCUGCUCACCAUAAAAUGUUCUACCCUUUUGGAUGAUUUUUUUUUCCUUUUAAAAUUCUUCAGAAGCAAAUGCUGCCUUGGUGGAGCUGUUGAGCUGUGAGUGAGUAGCGGCAUCACGAGGACCCAGAGCACGGAUCUGUUCCACAGACUCUGUCGGUCCUCUGGGGCGUCAUGACUGGCCCGCCCGCUCUGUGCCUGGUGCCGGUGGUCGGCGGUGGGCAGGCAGGGCCUCCUCCGGGGCCGCAGCUCUGUGCGCUCGUGGUGCUGGGCGGAAAGCACAGCGGGAUGACCAGACGCAGGGGAGCGGGUUCAGCUAGUCUGUCGUUCACAUGGCCCAUCCUGCCCCCGUAGGCCAGGCUCAGAGGGGUCCAGGAAUAGAUCUGGAACCUUCCAGAUCCAUUUCCAAGGCUUCCUGUGGUUUGGUAGCUGGCCCAACAGCGAGUGAAUCCAGCACAUUCUGCUCUUGUUUGUGUUUCAGGAAGAGUCGGGCUGUGGAAGGACAUCUUCACUGUCUCCAUGAACGAGAAGUUUGACUUGGUGUAUAAACAGAAGAUGGGAAAGUGUGACCUCAUGUUCGACUUUUAUUUAUAA